AUGUUGCCCCGCUUCAGCUCCUCCAGCGACAGUUCGUCCUCCGGGAGCGAUUAUGAUGAGGAGAUUGUCAACACCCCAUCCUUCAUGAGAAGGUCGGGCCCAUCACGCUUUACCAGAAGGGCUGCUCCUGCUCCCGCCUCCACGGGUGAUGACGACGACGAUAACCAUGAGGGUCUGCGCCCAGCUCCCAUAGAGCAUGAGUUAUCUGCAGCGAAGGGCAAGCGCAAGGUGACCUUGCGCACACCCGUCGCCUCCGCCCCUACUGCCAAGAAGCCCAAGAUAAGAGGAGCGCUGUCAGAGAACAGAAUGCCAUAG